UGGCCUCUGGUUAAAAGGAUCUCUUUUCCAUUUUCCAUCUCCGCGAAUGUCUUAAUUUUUUUUUUCUGAAUAAAGUAGAAUUUCCAAGUCUACUUUAUUCAACCCAGUUCGUCAUGGUGCUAUUAGCUCGUUCAUUGUUGGCACGAUCCUACGGAUUGCCAACACUAGUCACUCGUGGCAUUGCAACCACCUCCAAGUCACGUAAAUACGCUUUUGCUUUCGAUAUUGACGGAGUACUGAUCAAGGGCUCGAAAAAAAUUCACGAAGCUCAACAAGCUUUGAAGCUUCUGAAUGGCGAUAACGCUGCCAAUAGACGGGUUCCUUUUGUGCUGCUCACCAAUGGUGGCGGUGUCACAGAAGCCGAAAAAGCAGAACAAAUUAGCCAACUCUUGGAUAUCGAGAUUUUACCAGAGCAAGUGAUUGUGUCACAUUCACCUAUGCAAGCAUUAGCGAAAGAAUACGAAAAUAAGCGAGUGUUGAUUGUUGGAGGAAAAGGUCGCAAAUGCUAUGAAGUGGCGAAAGGAUACGGGUUCAAGUACGUCGUAACCCCUGAUGAUGUCCAUAACUGGCAAAUGUCUUCAUGGCCAUACUCGUUACCUAACCCUUCCGCAUUGACCGAGUCUGCCAUCAAUGAUUUCUCCAAAACACCUAUCCAUGCGGUGAUGAUGUUUCACGAUUCUCGCGACUGGGGUCGCGAUAUGCAGAUUAUGAUUGACGCUCUGUUAGCCAAGGAUGGUGUCUUGGGGACUCUGAAAACCGAUUUCUCGGUUCAAGACGUGCCAUUGUAUUUCUCUAAUAAUGAUCUCAUCUGGAGCAACGAUUUCCCGACCCCGCGUUUAGGACAAGGUUCAUUCAAGACGUCCCUUGAAAGCGUGUAUCAUGCUUAUACCGGACACAAGUUAAAAUCGGUAUCGUACGGUAAACCACAUGCGGCUACCUACAAAUUUGCCGAAGAUGUGCUUAUGGGUUUAUUGCCUCGUUUUACGGGUGAGAAAACAAGAAAAGAUCUUCACGUCUAUGCUGUAGGCGAUAAUCCGGCCGCGGACAUCAAAGGCGCCAAUGCCUAUGGUUGGUCCAGUAUCCUUGUUCGCACGGGAGUCUUCCAAGGCACCGGCAAUUCAGCCGCCUAUCCUGCCACCAAAGUGUGUAACCAUGUGCAGGAUGCCGUAGAAUGGGCUAUCAUGCAGGAAGAGUCGCGCAAAGAUUAGAUUCGACCAAAUAAAUCUUUUUAUCAUUUCUAUAGACGAAACAA